AAAUUAACUGGACCAUUGCUGCACCUCAUAGCACAAUAAAAGGAAAGCACACUUUGGAAUAGUGUAUGUAUUUUGCACAGUCCCAAUACAGAAAGGACAUUAAAGCCUUUGCGAGCGUACAGUGAAGAUUCACCAGGAUGAUACCAGGGAUAACAUACUAUUGUUGUGAAGGGAGACAUGAGAUACUGGGACUAUUUCCACUGGCAGGAAGGACAACAGCCAGAGGAUACAGAUUUAAGGGGGGGCAAUAGCUACUCUGGAAAUCAAGGCCCUUUGCCUGUGGAAAUGGCUCUACAAGACUUGCCAGAUAUUUCUGCUAUGACAGACGAGGUAUACAGAACACGGAGCCAAAAGAGAGCAUUGGAGCGAGAAAGCCUGCAUAAUGAUGUGGAUAUGAAGAAACCAAAAAUGGAAUGUUCCAGAGGAACUGAUAGGGACAGUGAACUGGACGAUGUGAAAGGGGAGAUAAGAAUUAAAACAGAACCUGUCGAUCGGGGUGGUGGUCGGACUCCUGGGUUGUUAAAGGGGCCGGGUGAAGUGAAAGCAACAAUCAAAGUAGAAGUACAGGCCGGUGAUGAACCUGUUGACAUGAGCACAUCAAAGACUGAAAUGAAAAAGGGAAAGCGUGCCCCAUCUCCAGAUAUCAUCAUCCUUUCUGACAACGAACCUUCAAGUCCGAGGAUGAACGGGCUCUCAAAAGAUCCAGGAAGGAAUGCAAAUACAGACGAUAUUAUGAAAAGCACACCAGAGGAGCGAGAGAGAAUGAUCAAGCAGUUAAAGGAAGAGCUAAGGCUGGAGGAGGCCAAACUUGUCCUGCUUAAGAAACUUCGACAGAGCCAAAUUCAAAAGGAAGCCACCAUCCCGAAGCCUGCUGUUUCGACAGGCACUGCCAUGGCCACCCCACCCCCGCUGGUCCGAGGAACGCUGCAUGUUCCCACUGGCAAGCCCAACUUUCAGGUAACCACUGCCCGCACAGUGGGUACAGUAAUACCACCACCAUUGGUUCGUGGUGGUCAACAGGGAACCUCAAAACCUGGAUCCCAGCAGAACUCUCAGAUAGCGAUGCCACCAUUAGUGAGAGGCGCACAGCCAAUGUCUGUUUCUCCCCAGCAAAUCCAUGCCAUCAGGCCACAUGCCAGCACUGCCCCACCACCCCUGCUACUGGCGCCCCGGGCAUCGGUGCCCAGCUCGGUGCAGAUUCAGGGCCAAAGGAUUCUUCAGCAGGGACUAAUCCGUGUGGCCAAUGUCCCCAACACCAGCCUGCUCGUCAACAUUCCACAGGCAUCGAGUACGAUGAAAGCCUCAACGCUGAAUUCGUCUCAAUCAAAUGCCAACACCAAUACAGUGUCGUCAGUCAUGAAUUCCAAUGACUCACCAGCCAGUCGGCAAGCAGCGGCCAAACUUGCUCUCCGGAAGCAGCUGGAAAAAACGCUGCUGGAAAUUCCACCGCCUAAACCACCAGCUCCCGAGCUGAACUUCCUACCUAGUGCUGCCAAUAAUGAGUUUAUCUACCUGGUGGGCCUAGAGGAGGUGGUGCAUAAUCUUCUAGAAACCCAAGGUAAAGGUUCAGCACAGGGACUGACCCAAGAGCCAUAUGCCUGUUCUCAAUGUAAAACCGAUUUCACCUGUCGCUGGAGGCAAGGAAAAACUGGGACUAUCAUGUGCGAGCAGUGCGUGACAUCCAACCAGAAAAAGGCAUUGAAAGCUGAACAUACCAAUCGUCUGAAAGCAGCAUUUGUGAAGGCCCUUCAGCAAGAACAGGAGAUUGAACAACGGAUACUGCAACAGACAUCGUCUACUGUACAGAGCAAGCAGGACCCUGCAGUACAACAUCACACGUUGAAACAGAGCUCUGGCCAGCUGUCUCGAGGGCCACAGUCGAUUACAGCCAACCCACGAGGAGUGCUGCACACGUUUAGCCAAUCGUCUCAGCUGCAGAAUGCGGCUCUAGUCAGUAGGCAGAGUAAGCAUACUGAGAGAGCCGGGAGCAAAGGCAACACCACCACCUGGAGGAAACAGAUCACCAACACAGGGGUUACCAUGGCAUACGUUAGCCCGAAUCUAUCGGUGCACAAGACAACUUCAGCCGUGGAUCGUCAGCGCGAGUACCUGCUGGACAUGAUCCCCUCACGAUCCAUCAGCCAAUCGGCCACCACAUGGAAAUAAAUCGGGGUGGGGGUGGGGGGGGGAGGGAAAUAGCUCUGAGAGACAGCUGCCAUCACCUUGCACCCCUCUAACUGCUAACAUGCAGUCCAACAGUCAGAGGUGUGGAGCCCACGUCAACCCAGCAACCCGGCGAUUUUCCUGUAGCCCUAUCAGAUGAAUUCUGGAUUUCUUUGCCCUUUGGACACUUCUUACACAAUGUAUAAGGAAAAAGUACAACAUGUGACUAUUAGAAAUGGGUAUUCAUUUUGUCAGAUUAUAAUGAAAGCUGUAUGGGGAAAUGAGAAUUUUUUUUUUUUACUUGCUCUUCGUGUGAGUGUGAGCGUGUGUGUGUGUGUGUGCGUGCGUGUGUGUAUGAGAGCGCAUGUCUGUGUGUGUGAGCACGAGCUUGUGUGUGUUUGUGUUCUGUUUCUCACCUUCAUAGUGUAAAGGACACCACCAUAAGUCUCAAGUUCUACAAUAGCUGUAUAGUUUUUUGGGGGUUUUUUUUCUUUCUCACACAUCAUGACCGCAAACACAACCUUGUGUCAAUCAACGUGAGGGGUAAAAUUGAGAAGAGGGCUACUGAGCCGGUUAUAGUUGGACAUUUUGGAGCGUUCCGUUUUCAGGAACAGACUUGAUUUUUCAAGCAGACUGAGCAGUGUUGAAGGACCACCAAGUAGCUUAGCCUAUGCUGUCCAAAUUAUGAGGACCCUGUCUUCUCCCAUGAUAUGGAUAAUAUAUUCUUUGUAACUCCCACUCUUCCACCUUUAAGCAUGCUUGCUUAAUCGCUUUUUAGCAAACCAUGUGAUUUCUUUAGGAUUUCAUCCACCUAACCCCCACUCCCCCAACCUGCUGUCCAUCUGUACUCACUUAACUACAUAACCUUAGUUUUAAAUGGGGGGGUGUCAUCUUUUUCACAAUAAGAAUUCAUUUUUGAGGAUAGAAAUAGGCGGUUAUGCCCUAUAUUACAUAAUGUGCAAUGAGGCUAGGGAUUUCCAGUAUGUCAAUUUCCUUGCUGCCCAGAGCCCACUUUCCACCAGUGGAAGUGGCCCAGUGAUUCCUUCCUCCCAUUCAUGGUUGCCACUCUCCAAAAACCCCACACACACACCAAUGAACAUCACUCGGUUUACAGGCAACACACUUAACACUGUAGGAAUAGAUGGGUAACCUGAGACGCAGGUUGUUUUCUAUUGCUUUGGGUGAGGAGGUUAUUUCAACAAGGGUUUUGAGAUUUUUGAGAGUUCGAUGUGAAGUUAGCUGGUGAGCAGGCUGUCCUGAAUAUCCAUUCUGAUCAAGGACAUGAUAUAAGCACAGACAUUGCUCCACUUUGCGAAAGACAUUUCAGAAGGGUGAUUAAUCUCUUCAUUUUUAUUUAAUGCUCCUCUACCCUCCAUUCCCCGCCCCCCACAAUUGUGGCUCUGCUGCUAUUUGGGAACCUCCACAUUGAAGUGCUUGGGCUUGUUACCCUAUUGUGUUCAAAGCAGAUCUAGUUUCUAUGUUUCCAAUGCUAGAUUUUUAAAGGGACCUGGAUCUCGGUCUGCGUUCCAAACUCAUUGUGAGAGGAGGUGAAGAUUUUCUUCUUAAGACUCAUGUGCACUGAGUCCAGCUAGAGCAGGAGGCUCUUGCUGCAUUUGUGAUCCCAGGCCAUUUAGGUCAGUUGUCCUUAUCUGAAUGCCAAAACGCUCUGACCAAUAUUAAGCCAUGUGUUUACUUUUGGGCAGUGACGGACUAGCAGUGGUGGGUCAAGGCUAUUUUGUCAAGGCGGAAGUUGCAACGGCAAAGCCGAGGGAGGAAGAAGUGGAGUGGGGGUGGCAGACGUAAUAAAGAACGCCCAUAACAUUCAAGUAUGGCCAAGUACCUCUGCACUCCAUUCCAAGCUCCGAGAAACUGGAAUUGAAGCUGUCGUUUUAACCCUGUUUGUUUCUCCUUCCAGUGUGAAUAACUUCUUUUGACGUUUAGGGAAAUUUUUUUAUUUUCCCCCUCCUUUUUGAUAUCUGAUUAGUCAUUAGGAAACCAUUAAAUAGAUUUUGCCGGUUGUCUCUGUUUUUUUGCUUUAAAUCUUAGGGGUUUUUUUGGAUAUGAUUGGUUAGCUGGAAUAAGAAAUUUAAUUCCACCAAAGUUAGAUUAAUAUUGCGGAGUGCAUUUGGACCACUGCAGAGAUCAAAGUGUAAUUUUCAGAGACCCCAGCAUUUGCAAAUAAUCAGAGCCUGGCUCAACCCUCAUUCAUGGAAAUGAGUCAAAAUGAGCACGUUCGUGAUUUUAUAAACCUGCGUGCAGGGACGUGUGGUAGUUUAUGCACAAUUCAGCUUCAAAACCCAACCAACUGUUCCCAGGGUCAAAUAAGGAACAGCAGAGACUUAGUAAGUGCACCAAUACACUGCAGAGCUGAGCACCAUAGAACAGGUUUCAGGUUUAAUCCCGGUUUGAUCUCAGCAGAUAGGGGCACCAGGAAAUUGCUACCCUUUGCUUCUAUGCUCCCUAAGCUAGGAAACAUCUGCCAAGGUUCAUGCUGCUGGUGGCCAUCCAGUGACUCCUAUUGGGAAGUCCAGUCGCGUGUGUGGAGGUUAAGAUUGAUCACAACUGUUUGACGCAGCCUCUAGACCCUCCUGGCCCCCCCACACACACACCCCAAACCACAAUAACGGUGAUCGAAAACCCUCCUCUUCAGCCAAUUCAUGCAUGAAGAGCGACCACUUGGAUGAGGUUCCAGAGGACUGCCCGGGUCACAAUGAGACCUGAGAGGGUAGAGGAAUGCGGCCUUCACACAUUAGUCACUGCUCCAGAUUGCCUCCUUUAUACUGCUUGUGUAUGACUACCAGAAUAAUUUUGUCCCCUCAUUGCAAAACAAAACGCACACCUUCCUGGAUAUAUUGUACCAGUGUCUUUCAUUAUAUUGUAUUUUUUUUGUUUGGAGUGGUGAGGUGGGAGGGUUUGCUGCGGGGUGGUGAGACUGGGAAGUUUGUCCAUUUUGUAACAUAUUGGGCGGAGCUGGAUAAUUGGAAGUUCUCUUGGAGACUCGGGUUCCCUGUUGCAAUGUACAUAACUGAAGUUUUUUUUUGUUGUAGAAGUUUGAGUUUAUUGCGAUCUUUAAUUGGAUCUUUACGCGGUAUGGCAUUCAAGAUUCAGGGUGGAUUGUAGACUUGCAGUGGGUGCAGAAAAUGGCCCAACUGUAAUCCACUCAGAGAUUGGGUUAGACCGUGUGAUGGUAUUUUUUUUUGAUUGUCCCUGACUCACUCCCUCUUUUGUUCUCACUGCCCAGCAUGCUUUCUUGGGAGAGUUGGGCUCUGCUGACUGCCCACUGCUCAUUAAGCCAGAAGGAGACGUACUUCUAUCCUUAAGAAUGUGUUGGUUCGCUUAUCAUUUCCCCUCUUGCUCCCCUAACUGUUUACAUAUUGAAGUUGGUUGCAUCAGCUGAUACAAAUACUACAAGUUUUGGAGAGCCAUACCCAAUGUGUUAAGUUAAUGUAAUGCAUUAUAAAUGAUAAACUAUGUGCCCUGUACUUUUUGCUCUCUAACGGGGUGUAAUCCCUAAAACCUCGGAUUGGGAACUCAAGAACCGGAGUAUUCUUCAAGAUGGGGUGGGUUAAUAACUUCAACUUGUUAUCCACCAUCCCAUCUUGGGGCUCUCUCUCCUUCCUGCUCCUCUUCCACCCUCCCCCAUCCCCACCCCAAACCCACCUCAGAAAGAAAGGAAUGGAGAUGCAGACGCAAGGGAUCCAACCUCUGAAACCAGGAUUCAAGCUGAACCCCACCUGGUGUGAAGUCUCGUGCCUGCUGGCAUGUGUGUUAGUUUGGGGGCACUCUCGAUUAAUGCAGUUCCUAGUGGACAUGGGCCCACACUAUAAUAUAUUUGGACCAUAACUGGGCCUUUUAAAUCUGGUCAGGCGAGGGUCAUCACUUUUUUGUUUUUGGUUUUGUGGCAGGUUGGGGGGGGGACAUAACUAUGUUCGACAGUUGUUUUAUACAUUGAAGGAAAUGUAGUCUACAGGAGAUCGUUGUGCCUCAUUUGGACGAUAGUAACAAAUUGAUACCAAAUAAAGCGCCCAACUUCACUGCGACAGCGAGAGUUUGGGUUGCAGGAUAAUCGGAAAGCUGCGACUCCCAUCUUCCUCUUCGGACCCCAUUCCUACUCUCUUCCCCUCCCCUUCCUUCCCCAAAAUUGGUGAUUGGGGGAAAGAAGAGGAGUGAAGAAAGAGCAACCGACAGGUAUUUUUCUAGAAUGAAUGCAAACACCCCAGAAACCUCAAGCACACAUUGUCUGUAAGCAGAAACCGUUUUCACGUGGGAGAGCGGCCGUGUACGUGGAAAUAACUGCAGUUUUAACAGAAAAGUCGCCCUGUGCAAAAGAACUUUUAUCUCCACUUUGCAUUGUCAGCAAAUUUAUAUUCCAGGUGACUGAAGUCACGAGUCGAUGCAGACGUGUCGGUUAUCUUCUGGACCUUCUAUUUACUGUGACUAUAGCCUUUAAUAGAAAGAAGUUUCAAAGAAAUUGCUCGAGAUGUCCAUUCCCACUGAAGCCCUGUUGGGGAAUUUAAAUCCAUGCUUGAAAUGGAUUAUGUAUAUUGUAUUGUGAGGGAUUUUUAGCAUUUGAAUGACAAAUAAACAGGACAAACAGCA